UUUAGAGUACCCAAAAAUGUAUCACUGGAUAAAAUUGUUUUAUUAAGUUUUGACCAAAGUGCGCGUCAAUUGUUAGGUUUCUUGGCUCAUUUAAUCUAAACUUUCGACUAACUACAGAUAUUGAAGGUGGUUUUAUGCCGGCUGUUGAAACGGAAUAAGGAGUCCUUCUCUGAUUGGCCACCAAUUGUUGCCCAUUUUGAAUUUCAAGGACAGUAUCUUGGGAUUUACGAAUACAGAAGUGAUCAGCUCCGAACUCAGGAUGUCGCAGGAUAACUUGGAAGCCGCUGUGGCCGGCAUGACCUCCAGAUUGUCUGAUAUCCUGUCGGAUUUGUGCAUUUGCAUAGAGGGUAAGCAGCCGCCCAAAGUUCAAGAGGAGACCCUGGCCCGUGCUACCAAGUGUGUAACUUCUGGUACAUUUGGCCAUCCCAUAUCCCUAACUGAGCACGAGUGUGUCCAAAAGACCAUGAAAAUCCUGUGGGCCAGGGGUCAAGUGGAUGGCAAAGAUACGGCGGAGCACUUCUACGGGCUCUACAAGAAGCUGUUGCAAAUGAAGCUUGAUCCCUAUGGGAGGCACUCCCUGAUGAGCAAUCUGCUCUCGAUGGCCGACAAGCAGACUGCGAAUGGAGGAGAAGCCUGCCUCUCCGCUCGAUCGGAUAAUCUCAGUCUGGCCUUGGGCAGUCUUACAUCCUCCAGCACGACCCUCAACUUAGGGGCUGGCACCCUUAAUGGCAAUGGUUUGUCCGAGGAGGGAGCAGUAGGCUAUAGCUACGAUCCAAAACAAUCCGGCUUCGGAUUGGGCAAACAGACCUUGCCCAACUACAUGGACAACUUGGUGGAGCUCGAGGUCAGCGAUGAAAUAGUGGUAAAUGCUAUCUACUCCUUCACCGGCGUCCAGGGGAAAUACCUGAAAAAGGACGUAGUCACAGGAUAUUUUAAGCUUGAUCCGCUGAACAUGGAGACGUUGACCACGGGUCAGGCGGGCAUGUUGCUCCGACUCUCCAUAAUGGGCUAUUACCACGAUCGCGUGGCCAUGUUUGCAGACGUGUCCACUGGCUUUAACGCAUUGGGAUGCAUGGGCCAGGCCCUGAUAUCCAAGCUCAAGGAGGAGCUGGGGGACUUCCAUGGCCAGGUGUCCAUGCUCCACGACGAAAUGAACCGCUAUCGGAAGGCCCAAAUGAAUGGGAAAGCGGACUGCGGAGGCGAGCCGGGUGGUGCGGAGGAAUUGACCCUAUUCAAGCUGCUCGCCUGGCACGUAAAGCCUCUGCGCCGGCUGAUGUGGCUCGCCAAUAUAGCCAACAAGUGUAAGAUGCAAAAGGGUGGCGAAUUGGCAUCGACCCUGUACAGUUUACUGGACAACGGGGACUCGAAAGUCAAUAAACUAGUUGAAGACAUCCUUACCGCAGUCUGUGGCCCAAUGGUGCGCAUGAUCUCCAAGUGGAUGCUGGAGGGCGGCAUUAACGAUAUACACAACGAGUUCUUUGUGGAGUCCCUCCAAGAGGUGGGUGCCGAUCGGCUCUGGCACGAUAAAUUCCGCUUACGUCGGCCCAUGCUGCCCAAGUUUGUGUCGAUAGAUCUGGCCAAGAAGAUUCUGAAGACAGGCAAAUGCAUCAACUUUCUGAGGGAAAUCUGCGAGGUGGAGGGACUAAUGAAGGGACGCGACGAACUCAAGGCUAUCAUGGACAACAAUGUUGCCCACUUCUUUUCGUACGUGCCGGACACUAAGUGGCAUGCGGCUGUGGAAACGUGCUACCAGCAAACCUCCAAACAUGUCCUGGAUAUUAUGGUGGGUCACCACAAGCUUCUGGAUCACCUGCAGGCGAUGCGCCGCUAUAUGCUCCUUGGCCAGGGCGACUUUGUCAGCAUUCUCAUCGAGAAUAUGAAAGAUGAACUUGAACGCAACGGCGCUGAUAUCUAUGCGCACGAUCUCUCCUCCAUGUUGGAUGCCGCUCUGCGCUGCACGAAUGCACAGUGCGAAGAUCCUGAUAUACUCAACCACCUGGAUAUAAUAGUGCAACGUCCGUUCGCCGGGGACAUCGGCUGGGACAUCAUCUCGCUGAAGUACGUAGUCCAUGGACCACUAGCCACCAUGCUGGAGCCCACCAUGCCUACGUACAAGUUGCUCUUCAAGCCCCUCUGGCGCAUGAAGCACAUGGAGUUCGUGCUCUCGAUGAAGAUCUGGAAGGAGCAGAUGGGCAACGCGAAGAGCCUCCGUCCGAUGAAUGCUGAAAUCGGCAAGGCGUCGCACCGCCUGAACCUCUUCACGUCGGAGAUAAUGCACUUCAUUCAUCAGAUGCAGUACUAUGUGCUCUUCGAGGUGAUCGAGUGCAACUGGGUGGAGCUGCAGAAGAAGAUCCAGCAGGCGAAGACCCUCGACGACAUCCUGGAUGCCCACGAGAAUUUCCUGGAAACCAUUAAGGUGGGCUGCUUUGUCGGCGACGAAACUGACGUGGAACACUCGCUGGAGACGGUGUACGAGAACAUCAUGUGCUUGGAGACCUGGCAGUCGAACUUCUACAAGGUGUGCUUCCAGGAGCUGAAUGCCCGCAAAGAGUUGGUCAAAGAGGUGGAGAAAUCGGAGACGCAGGGUGUAUAUGGCCUGACCAACGAGAUGAUGUUACAGCGCGACCAGGAGGCUAAGAUCUUUGCCCAAAAGGUUGAAGCCGCCUUUCACGGCUUGGAAGUAAUAGCAUCUGCCUACGAAAAGGCCGUGAGCAGUUUCCUUAUGACUCUCAACUCCAGCCGCAAUCCGAACCUCCAGCUUUUUGGCACACGGCUCGACUUUAACGAGUACUACAAGAAGCGGGACACCAAUCUGAGCAAACCGCUUACCUUCGAGCACAUGCGCAUGAGCAAUGUGUUUAGCCUGAACCAUAGGAGCUCCACAGGCAGUCGGUUCGUUAUCCAUGCGUCGACCACAAAGGAAUAGCCCUCGGUGUCCUUGAUGAUGUGAUAAUCCCAGUGCCUAUAUCCGAGGCAUCAGGCCUCACCAUUACAUCCAGUUAAACUGCGACUAAAUAUUUGACAUAUUCAAGCAAGCUAAUCCAACUAAUAACUCAGUUACUUUGAAACGAAAAGAUCCUGCCAUUACAUGUAUAUCUCAAGCAUUUCCAUCAAUCGACUGGCUGCGAGCCAAGAACCUAAGAUAACUCAAAUAUUGUUCGCUUAAUUUUUAAAAUUUUGAGUUAUUGUAAUCGAAAGUAUUAAAUGGAGAUUCCUUUGUCGACAGACACACACUGUUUUCCUUUUAAGUACCCUAAUGUUUUCAUCGAAAUAGUUAGAAACCAUUUUAAAAUGUUCAGAUCAAACAGUUUUAAA